AGUGACAUUCCAAGUUAAAGAAUCCAUAAAAGCGCAAAAUAUCACUCGGCAGUCAUACUACCGGAAACCAUGUCGUUGAUAUCUGUGUCAUGUUCUCAAUCUGUUCUCUUCUCUUCCUCAAACCCACCGGGGCCACCUCGCACUUUCUCUUCAUUUUUUCACACGUUCCCCAGAAACGCCAACUGGGUUGCUCGCAGAAUCAGAUUCCAUGCAAAAUCUGAUACAGAAACCUCCCCCCAAUUAAAUGCUUCAAGUUCAUCUUCUUUCUUGUCUUUUCUUUGCCCCUUGCUCAAGCUCUUCUCGGGAGGGGAUCCUUCUCGUGAGCGAAAUUACACAUUGGAGGCGGCAACAUCUUCUUUAUCUACCUUGGCCAGAUUACCAUGGGGGUCAAGAUCACUAUCAAAGGGAUCACAUAGCGAAGAGAUCGACAAUUUAAAUCCUCCUUUGCAUUUACAACUUUAUGAAUUUGAGGCUUGCCCCUUUUGUAGGAGGGUUAGAGAGGCCUUGACCGAGCUAGAUCUUGCUGUAGAGGUCUAUCCUUGUCCGAAAGGUUCUGUUAGACAUAGAGAAAUGGUAAAAAAAUCUGGCGGGAAAGAGCUGUUUCCUUUCCUGUUCGAUCCAAAUACUGGUAUUUCAAUGUAUGAAAGUGGUGAUAUUGUGAACUACCUAUUUCAGCAAUAUGGUAAAGGAAGAAGCCCCUCAGUGGGACUGUUGGAAAGCACAUUGAUCACUGGAUGGAUGCCAACGCUUCUACGAGCAGGUAGAGGGAUGACACUAUGGGAAAAGGCGAGGGCAGACCCGCCGCCCAAAAAGUUGGAACUUUUCUCUUAUGAGAACAAUCCGUAUGCACGACUUGUGCGUGAAGCACUAUGCGAACUAGAGCUUCCUUAUAUUCUUCAAAACAUCGGAGAAGGUUCUUCCAGAGCAAAGUUACUACUUGAUGUGUCUGGAUCCAAAGAGGUACCUUACCUGAUUGAUCCAAACACCGGUACUCAAAUCGGCGACUACAAGAAUAUCUUAUCAUAUUUGUUCCAGACAUACUCGAUGUCGGCUGUAUAAUACUUCUGACUUCAAAUUUGUUACUGCCUUUAACCUGUAAAGCAAAAUCUUCAGGAUGAUGGCAAUAGAAAUUAUUGUGAUAUAUUGAGCCCUUUAUUUUUCUGAAUGGCAAUGUAUGUCCAGUUUGUUUUGCA